UUGAAUUACAGCUUCAGGAAGAAGAAAUCUUGAAGUGUUUCUCGCACGCCGGAGUUGCAGCGUGUUUUUCUUUUUUCCUCCUUUUUUUUUUUUUUUUAAUGAUUUGUUACGCGUGUCUCUUGAGGGAACGUUUUAGGAAUGCUGUUUUGAGCAGUGAAAUCUGCUGCACGAAGGAGGAUUAUAACAAAUCUCAAUGAAUGAGAGACUCGGUUGCUAAAGCUUGCCUUGACCAACCUUUUGACCCUCGGAGAGAUCUCUUGGGGUGUACGUGGGAAAGAAAACCCUUCCCAUUUGAAAACAAACUUGAAAGAAAGACUAUAUUUUUCUGACAGCCAAACUGUUUUGCAGAUUUGGGGGGGGCUUCCUUUGUGAUAAGAUGGUUUCAAGAGGAUUGUCCUACAUGGUUUUGUUACUGGUGGAGGAAGGAAGGAUCCCUCUCAAGCAUUUCUAAUAUGACAGCUUUGGUUUCUCGAGAGUUAAGUGGUGUUUGCAUGAUACACCUAUCGCUAGCCUGGUAGCAGACUUUCCAGUUUUUGUUUUUUAAUUGGGGCUGGUGGAGAGGGUGAUCUUAGUUGGAAGACUAUCUGCUCGUAUAGAGAGAGAGAGAUAUAUAGAGAGAGUGUAUAUUUUUCGGUGGGGUUCUCCCCACACUUUACUCUCUCUUGAUGACUCCUGGAGGUGGUAGUGGGCCCAUGAAAGACUGUGAAUACAGUCAGAUCAGCACACACAGCUCUUCGUCUCCCAUGGAGUCUCCCCAUAAGAAAAAGAAAUCAGUUCCCAAGAGAAAAUGGGAGGUUUUUCCUGGAAGAAACAAAUUCUUCUGCAAUGGGAGGAUCAUGAUGGCUCGGCAGACGGGAGUCUUCUACCUGACUCUUGUUCUCAUCUUGGUUACCAGCGGACUCUUCUUUGCAUUUGAUUGCCCAUACUUGUCAGAGAAGAUUACACCUGCUAUUCCUGCAAUUGGUGGGAUUCUUUUCUUUUUCGUGAUGGGGACCCUGCUGCGUACUAGUUUCAGUGAUCCUGGUGUCCUCCCACGCGCAACACCAGAUGAAGCAGCAGAUCUAGAGAGACAAAUAGGUAACACUGAAGAUAUUGCAAAUGGCUCCAGUUCAGGAGGAUACCGCCCCCCUCCCAGAACAAAAGAAGUGAUCAUCAAUGGACAGACAGUGAAACUAAAAUACUGUUUUACUUGCAAGAUUUUCCGCCCACCUCGUGCCUCACAUUGCAGCCUUUGUGAUAACUGCGUAGAACGGUUUGAUCACCACUGUCCCUGGGUAGGCAACUGUGUGGGGAAAAGAAACUACAGAUUUUUUUAUAUGUUUAUUUUAUCUCUGUCCUUUCUGACAGUCUUUAUAUUUGCAUUCGUUAUCACCCACGUCAUCCUUCGUUCACAACAAACAGGGUUCCUCAAUGCCCUGAAGGACAGUCCUGCAAGUGUGCUGGAAGCUGUGGUGUGUUUUUUCUCCGUAUGGUCCAUUGUUGGUCUCUCAGGUUUUCACACGUAUUUGAUCAGCUCCAAUCAAACAACAAAUGAAGAUAUUAAAGGAUCAUGGUCAAAUAAAAGAGGUAAAGAAAACUAUAACCCAUACAGUUACGGCAACAUCUUUACUAAUUGCUGUGCUGCACUCUGUGGGCCCCUCUCUCCAAGCUUAAUUGACAGAAGAGGAUUUAUACAACCAGAUACACCGCAAUUAGCAGGACCAUCAAAUGGCAUUACUAUGUAUGGGGCCACACAGUCUCAGAGCAACAUGUGUGACCAAGAUCAGUGCAUUCAGAGCACUAAAUUCGUUUUGCAGGCUGCUGCCACCCCCCUACUACAGAGUGAGCCCAGCAUAACUAGUGAAGAGCUGCCUUUACCAGGAAAGACUACUAUCAGUGGGCCUUGUGCAACCCUAACUCUAGGGCAACCAACACCACCAUCUUCCAUGCCCAAUCUCACAUCAGAUUCAGGUUUGACAGACAUGAUACCAUUAAAAGAGGAACACGAAGGUCAUCAGUUUCUUACUCCUGAAGAAGCUCCGUCACCCCCGGGGAUGCUGCCAAGUGGAAGCCCUAUUACACACAGCCAUACAAUGCACGUCCUGAGUCUAGCCAGUCAAGAUUCAUUGCAUGAAGACUCAGUACGUGGUCUCGUGAAGCUUAGCUCAGUUUGAACAGCUUUUUUGAUGACAUUGCGCCAUUUCAUGGUGUCUAUACAAAUCUUUACUCAACAGGAAUGACACUGUAAGACUUUAACAUGCCUAUAUAAUGGAAACUUUACUGCAUAAUGGAGUCUACUAAAAAGACAAAUUAUUUUUUCAAUGGAGCUGUGGCAUUUUUUGACCAGGUUGUUAAUGCUCGUGCUUUGAUGGUGACUACAUUUUAUUUUUAAGUAAAACCAGAAGUAGUCAAUAAUCUUGUUUUUUGAAGUUUGGGUACAGCAAGUUCAAAUUCAGCGUAUAGCAAAGACCAUUGUACAGCACAAAAGAGAGAGACUCUUGGAUGUAAGUGUCAUGCUCUGUGUUCUAUGCUCUUGUAAUACACACUUGUAAAGGCUUACCACACUUGUGGCCAGAAUGAUCUGCACUUACACGUGAAGCUACUAAUAUUUGAGAUAAAAAAUUACCAUUCCAUUUGUUAAUAAAAAAAAAAAAAAAGACUGCAGAUAUGGAUUUGCAUGCCACGCUACAGUAUGUGUUACAGUGGUGUUGGUAUUAAGAGAAAGUGCUGCUUUUUUAUUUGUGACUUUCAAAGUGCUGUUUCAUUUAAAGACAGUGCAAAAAACAAACUAAUGGACUAUAUUAUUUUUUCAAUUUAUUAAAGUUUAUUUUAAAUUAAUCAGUGGUGCCUAGAAGAUGGAGAAUUACUGAUUUGAUCAUGUUACAUAUCAUUUAACCUUCUGUUUAAGUGUAUAGAGUGAGGUAUUGUGUUGUGCCAUACCACAGAUUCUUCCACUUUCUGAUGUGAUACAGUUACCUGUGGACCUCCAAUAAAAUGACAUCCUCUAUUUCUUGGACAUGUGUACAGUUA